GGAAGAUGAAAUAAUUAAACCCAAAGGAUGUGAAACACGAAAUAUGGAACGAUUAAGUGCAUUUUCCAAACCAGAAUGAUGUCAAAUAGCCUAUUGAAUUUACCCGGCGCGGGAACAGUACCAUUCCUGGUGCGACAUUUGGUGCUCCGAAAAUUAGCGCAGCAUUAACUUUUAACUAGUCAACAACAACAACAAACAUCGGGGAAAUCAUGAAACAUGUCGCUGCCAAAUCAACCUCGUGACUUUAAUUUUCCUAAGAGAUCAUUUGGUCAGAAAAAUCCUGAGAAGCGUUCCUUCAAUGAUUAGUGGUUUAAGCUACAUCCAUGGAUUUAUUAUGACGAGGUCUGCUCGUAAUGUGCAUAAGGACCCGCCAUUAUAUCAUGUUAGUGCGUAUGUCACUGGUGGAUUGCAAGCAGUUUUUAAACAGAUUCGAGCUGGCAAGAAACCUUCAGAACCAUCGGCAAAACACAAGAAGCGUGACCAGUUCCGACCGGUAGAUGGACAGAUUCUCUCACGGCGAUACCGCUUGACCGACAAGCUAUCUACACAAGGCCAGUUCGCUGUCAUCGUGGGAGCCAAGGAUGUGUUUUGUGAGGACAGGCCGGUGAUAAUAAAAGUGAUGCACCAGUCGUUUUAUAACAUCGGACUGCAGGAGAGACAUUGUCUGUGGAGACUGGCUGUGGCUGAUCCGUGUCACUUCUCUCACACGGUGCAUCUUCUGAAUACCUUUACGUUUGAUGGACAUUUUUGUUUAGUGUUUGAAUUUCUUCACCCUACUCCAAUAACUGGUGUCUUUGAAGAAUAUAAUCUGCCAAACUGUCAGUUAAUUGAGAAGAUCAGGAAGGUUGCGUUCCAAUUACUAAAGGUUCUAGGUUUUCUUCAACGGCAGAACACCAUUCACGCAGACAUCAAACCUGAGAACAUUCUUCUUAAGGAUGUGCACGAUGUCGGUUCGUUGAAGGUGAUCGACUUUGGAAAUGCCAUUCACCACAUCCACAAAGAGGUUUCCUUGUACUACCAUGACUUUGAGCUGCAAACUCUGCUGUACAGAGCCCCAGAGGUGAUGUUUGGAAUCCCGUUUGGGACGGAGGUGGACAUGUGGUCUCUUGGAUGUGUUCUGGCCGAGCUCUAUCUCGGAGAGAGUCUGUUCAGUGGAACAACUAAAGAUGAAUUGCUGCACAGUAUGACUAAACUACUGGGCCGGUUUCCAGUGAAUGUUUUCCGGCGUGGAAAGUUUUUUGAAAACCAUCAGACAGUAACUUCCAAAAUACCACAACCUGACACAACAAUCUGUGUGAUGCAACACUUACGAGACAGUCGAAACUAUGCAUUUGCGAACUUCUUGGCAGAAUUGUUAAGAUACAAUCCAGAUGAAAGGUUGACACCCACUCAGGCUCUUCGUCACUCCUUCUUGGCUCCAGAAUUCUCACUGGGCUAUUUUAUACCAAGUGCUCAUAGCUUGCCUAAUUGUAUCGACAUAAAUCCAAGGUCUUACAGAUUAGCUCCCAAGAUACCAGCAGAACUAAAACGUCAGAAUCCAUCAACAUUUGACUUGCUUAAGAUGGGCACUCAAUUCAGUGAAUCAAAUCAAGUACCUUGCAAUAAAAUUGCCAAAGUUUGCCCGUUUGAACCCAACACUUCGGAAAUGCAAAGUCCUAGAGUGGAACUAAAAACUGUGUUGUCUUCAUCUAGGACUGAUGUUAGUACACAACAUCCUGCUGGAUCCAGUAAUGACUUGAUUGACGGGGUAGUAGAGCAAUCUUACAAACAGAAGGACUCCGGUGGUUUAGACAUCUUGGAGACGUUGGCAGAAAAUCAGGUCAGCGUAAAAUCCAAAAACAAGCAAGUGAAUUCUGAACUGAAGAAGAGUGAAACGGAUCAUUCUGACUCCAACAUUUGUUUGAAUUCCACAAAGCUACAGAAUCUUAUGGCCAUGAUCACGGUAGAACAGGAGAGGGUGGAAGACUUGAUGGAUGGCAAAGAGAAACGAGAGAGAACUCAUUUUAAUGCAGGUGUAAAACAAACACACGUGAAAUCAUCAUUCAGUUUUGUUAGGGAAAACCGGAGAAGGAAAAAACCAGUUGUGAAUAGCACAAACUUUCUUUGUGAAUACGCAUCAAGUAGUUCUGAAUCUGAUCAUGAUGACUGCUCGGUUAUAGAAAUUACAGCACAAGAGAAAGAGCUGGCAAAAAAAUUCUGUUUGUCUAACUCUUUUUCACAAGAUAGCAUCACUAACAACAAGCCGAUUCUGCCAUCAUAUGCAACAGACUCAACCAAUAAGCUAAAAAAUGAAUCGGUACCGAUAUAUUCUGUCGGUGAAAUCUUUCCAUCUCCGUCAAAAAAAUCUUUGUCUGAAAAUAACGAAUCCACAAAAAAUAAAGUGUCAAAAAGCAACUCAAAGCUAAUCAAAUCAGGACUUGAUCAUGUUGACAAUACUGAUAGUGAAGUUAAAGUCUUGGGUAAUUUUAGAUGUAUUAGUUUACACAAACAAAACUCAAACAGAAAACCGUUAAUUUCUCAUUCUAGACGGACAAGAACAGCAAAACGAAAGUUAAUGUUUACGAAAGCUUUUCAUAUGGCUAAGUGUGAAAACAAAGCAAAUACUGUAAAAGGUUUGAGGUUGUGGAAUGAGAAAUACAACAAUGCCAAGAAAAAACAGAUGAAGAAAAAGAACACCAGGACCAGUCUAGACAAGAUGAAUUCUGAACAAACAGACACCAAGGUAGUAGAGGAUGAUCCUUUUGAGUUUACGGUGACACCUUUGAAGAGUUCUAAAGCAAUACAGAAAGCAGCUACCACAGAGGGGAAGAAACCUGUAAAAUCCAGGAGGAAAUCUCAAAAUACUGUUUCAAAAGUGUGUAGGAAUGUUGUAUCUCUUCAAAAGGAGAAAGCUAAUAACAAGAAGUCGACAAGUAAUGACCUAGGCAGCACACUUGCGAAAAGUCCUGUUUCUAAAGUCACAAGGGUGGAAAAUCUUGACCGUGUUUUCAAAAAAUACAAUAAAAUGAAAGAUAUUUCACCAAUUAGUGCUACAGCAGUACGCGAGUACACACCACGGAGUGAAGCUAAGAGGAGGAGUUUGUUUUCUGAAUCUGGUGUUCAUUCAGCACACUCUCCUUGUAAAAGAAAAUGUGUACAAAAACAGCACAAGGAAGAAACAGCAUUAGACAGUCCUGGAAAUCAGUCACAACACGUCUCUUUGAAUUCUACAGAACAGAAUCCAAAACGACCAAGAAAAGUACCAGAUUCCAAUGUAAUCUCAGAUAGACUUACUCCUGUAGUGAAUGAAAUUACAGACGUGCACUUGCCAUCUUCCCCAAGCAGUGUGCAUAAACAAAUGAAAACCAUUCAGCAAAGAACUCUUUGUGAGGAUGAACAUUCAUUACUUACUACAAUUAGAUCUCUAUCUAGUGUAAAGACAAGACAUAAAAUUGUUUUGCAGAUGGUAAAAAGCAGAGUGACUGAAUCAGUUAAACAGAUGUCGGACAGACAAAACUCAACCCACAGUGAUACUGACAUGUCUAAUGAAAAGGCUGAAAGUACAUCAUGUGAGAAAAACACAAAUUUACCAGAAGAUGAUGACGAUAUCAUUUUGCUGGAAGUUUAGUGAAUGCUGAUGUCCAGCCAAAUAGGAAAAGGAAAAACAAUAUUUUCUCUGAAAAGGGGACAGUGAUUAUAAUGAAAUAAUAAUGUGUACAUACGUGUGAAAAUAUAUUCUUGUCAGACUCCUGGAGCAAUUGGAAUUUAACAGUCAGACAAGCGGUGUGCAAGAUAUAACUUGCCUGUGGCAUUCAGCAGAGCAAGAGUUGUUUUAGUUGUUCAGUAGUUCAGUUCCCCCAAAACAUUAGAAACACCAUGUACUGUGGCAUAACCAUAUACAUUAUGUUACAAUUACAUAUAUGUGGUACAGCAUAUCUGGAUUUUACAUAUUUGAGGCUUGUACUGAGAGGCCAUUUAAAUGUAAUUGUGUAAUUAUCUUGGUGUUUAUUUAAAACAUUAAACACUAAUGCUGGUGAAUAAUUAAAUUUAAUAGUUUUGUCAGUAUAAACCACCAUAUAAGAUUUAUCAAUGAAAUCUAUCAUGGUCAAAUCAAUUACUUCAUUGGGGAUCUUCUUGGGGUGGGAUGUGGGAAAGUAGCCGCUCAAUGGAAUCCGAUUAGGUGAUGGGGUGUCAUUGUCUCAACCAGUGCCCCACAACUGGUACAUUAAAGGCCUUGGUAUGUACCGUCAAAUUAUGGGUGGAAAAAAUGCAUGUAAAAAUACCUUGCUGCUUUUUUGGUAGUUGUCUGGUGGCAGGACAGGUGAUUUUCUCUGGACUUCACACGUUAGUCCCCUAAUAUCCAUAGUUUAAAAUAUGCCAAAGUGUUGUUUAACAAAUACAGUGAAACCUCUCAAAACCAGACCACCUCAAAACCAGACGUUUUUAUAACCUCUCUAAACUGGAUACCUCUCAAAACCAGACGUUCUCUAAACUGGAUACCUCUCAAAACCAGACGUUUUUCACACCUCUCUAAACUGGAUACCUCUCAAAACCAGACUAUAAACUUGUUACUGUGAUUCUCCGGUUUUGAGGGUUUCCCUGUAUUCCUUUUCCUGUCACUGAGAUUAUUGUAUUGGUAUUCAUAGUAUGAAACAUUGUAGUCAGGUGAAAUUCACUGGAUUAAUUUGUAUUUAUUCAAAUGAUUACAUUUGUUAAAAGUAAUAUCAAUCACUGGCAGCAUCUACUUUAGAUUUCGUGUAACUGCACAAAUUCUGCAUGCGAAACGAUGGAUACCAUUUUAUUUAUGUUUAUGUAUUACAAUGUAUAUUGGAUGCGGGUAAUUUAUUUUUCUGUGGUAUACUUUCAUGUUUAAAACUGUCGUCAUGUAAUUAAUUAUAUUAUCAAGUUUUAUGUACAAAACAAUUUUUAUUUUAAAAUAUACUUGUACAUAGUCACCAUUGUUAAAAUUAUGGAAGACAGAAUAUGAAAUUGAUAUAAAUCUUGAAAAAUUAGCAUUGGACCCACAAUCAAACAAACAAGGUUCAAAUCCCUUCAGAGGCUAGUUCAUACCUUUAUAUUUAUCUAAUUAUAAGCCUGUCAUUCUCAUAAUUUUAAUUUCUCAUUAUUCAUAUACCAUUGUUUGCUACUCAAUAGCUGGUUGUGUUGGAAUGUUUGUCACUGAAUGAAUGAAUGAAUGAAUGAAUGUUUUAGAACACCCCAGCAUCAAAACGAUACAUCAGCUAUUGGAUGUCAAGCAAGAGUAAAUAUAUGAAUAUAAAAAAAGUGCAAACUCUUGCACAAAAAGUAAAAAUAUCAAGGUAGGUAAAAUUAAGAUUAGAAUAAAAUUCAGGAUCUUUGAGAAAUUUCAUAAUUUUAAUUUCUCAUUAUUCAUGUACCAUUGUUUGAUGCCCAAUAGCUGCUUAUGAUCGAAUGUUAGUUGAGGGAAGUCAUUGAAUAAAUGAAUGAAUGUUUGAUGCCCAAUAGCUGCUUAUGAUUUAAUGUUAGUUGAGGGAAGUCAUUGAAUGAAUGAAUGAAUGUUUGAUGCCCAAUAGCUGCUUAUGAUUUAAUGUUAGUUGAGGGAAGUCAUUGAAUGAAUGAAUGAAUGAAUGUUUGAUGCCCAAUAGCUGCUUAUGAUCGAAUGAUUGAAUGAAUGAAUGAAUGUUUGAUGCCCAAUAGCUGCUUAUGAUCGAAUGUUAGUUGAGGGAAGUCAUUGAAUGAAUGAAUGUUUGAUGCCCAAUAGCUGCUUAUGAUUUAAUGUUAGUUGAGGGAAGUCAUUCAAUGAAUGAAUGAAUGAAUGUUUGAUGCCCAAUAGCUGCUUAUGAUCGAAUGAUUGAAUGAAUGAAUGUUUGAUGCCCAAUAGCUGCUUAUGAUCGAAUGUUAGUUGAGGGAAGUCAUUCAAUGAAUGAAUGUUUUAGGACACCCCAGCAGCACAAAAAGCAACCCAAAGUUAUUAGAUGGAUGUCCAGCAAGGGUAAAUAUAUGAAUAUAAAAAGCAACCCAAAGCUAUUAGAUGGAUGUCCAGCAAGGGUAAAUAUAUGAAUAUAAACAGCAACCCAAAGCUAUUAGAUGGAUGUCCAGCACGGGUAAAUAUAUGAAUAUAAACAGCAACCCAAAGCUAUUAGAUGGAUGUCCAGCAAGGGUAAAUAUAUGAAUAUAAACAGCAACCCAAAGCUAUUAGAUGGAUGUCCAGCACGGGUAAAUAUAUGAAUAUAAACAGCAACCCAAAGCUAUUACAUGGAUGUCCAGCAAGGGUAAAUAUAUGAAUAUAAAAAGCAACCCAAAGCUAUUAGAUGGAUGUCCAGCAAGGGUAAAUAUAUGAAUAUAAACAGCAACCCAAAGCUAUUAGAUGGAUGUCCAGCAAGGGUAAAUAUAUGAAUAUAAACAGCAACCCAAAGCUAUUAGAUGGAUGUCCAGCAAGGGUAAAUAUAUGAAUAUAAAAACCUGUUUUUCACAGGUAGGUAAAAUUAAGAUUUAGAAUAAAAUUCAGUAUCUUUCAGAAAUUUCAUUUGCUUAAGAUGAUUACACUUCACCCACUUGUGUACUGAUUGUGCUCACACUGAGCAUUAAUUAUACACUGAAACUGAUUAAUUCCUAAUUAAUUUAUCAUAGACAUUGCAUAUAAAUAUUUUGUCAUAAUGUGUCAUUAACAAAACUUUUUUUUAUGUUAAACUGAUUAUAAAUCAUUCAGUUUUAUGGAUAUAUAUGUAUUAUUAUUGUAUUUAUAUACUGAAUGGUACAAGAGACAAGAAUCUUAAAUGUUUUGCUAAGUUGGCAACAUCUUUAUGCAAUGGUGUUAGGGACGUCAAAAAUCUAAUAUACUGAUGGAUAUAAAAAGACCGUUGAACCACAGCAAUUAAGACAAUGUCUAUAUUACAUUAAAAAUUUUUUAAUAUAAUCCAUAGCGAAAAAAGUGCCAUGGAGAAUUAAAAACUCCAUGCCAACUGCAGAGGUUGCACCAUCAUCUAUUGUUUGUUUUAAACGUGUGUGUACUGUAUAUACACACACACACAUGUACAUAAAUACAUACAUACAUGAUAGAUCAUACAUUUUUUAUUAAACCUGGACAUAUAUAUAUUGUAAUACUUUAUAGAUGUUUAUAAAUACUUGCCUUUAACAUUUAUGGAGUUUCUCACUUUGCAUGGAUUUUAUUUAAUGUCUUUGUUUGAAAAAAAAAGACAAGUUAAUAGGAAAUUGUUUUAUUUAUAUUAAUGUUAUCUUCCAUUUUUAAAAGUAAUUUAUGAUCUUUUGUGUCAUAUUUGCUUAACAAUUCACAGACAUAUGCAGUUGUUUCCUUCAUUGUGAUUGGUUGGGAGAUUUUGCAGAUGCAUGCUUCCAGUGUACAUACUAAGACUAAUAGUUUCUGGCACUCGUCCUUUUGUACAUACUGCCUUCUCUACAGAAUGAUGUAAUCAACGAGUAACAAUGACCAUACACAACAAGACCAGUUAACCAAUAAAAAGGCACAUUACUCUGUGUGAAUGUGUACUA